GGUCAGUUCACCCUCACCCGGUAAACUCACCUCCAUUCAUUUGGCUCACCAACAAAUAGAGAGCGCUCCUUUCUCCUCUCCUGCGAACUCUUCAACGGUCCCCCACUCGCUCUCCAUCUUGCUCUCAGAUCUUUCGUUUUCUCACAGAUCAUCUGAGGAGAGGGGAUCUGUGAUUUGGUUUUAGGGUUUCGGAUCUCUCGGUGUCUCUGAUCGGUUUUCGUUUGCUUGGAAUUUGUUCAUUAAUGGCUGCUCCUCCUGCUAGGGCGCGGGCGGACUACGAUUACCUCAUUAAGCUCCUGCUCAUCGGUGAUAGCGGUGUGGGGAAGAGUUGCCUUCUUCUGCGUUUCUCAGAUGGGUCCUUUACGACUAGUUUCAUCACUACAAUUGGUAUUGACUUCAAGAUCAGAACGAUUGAGUUGGAUGGCAAGCGGAUCAAACUGCAAAUUUGGGACACAGCGGGUCAGGAACGUUUUCGAACAAUAACGACUGCAUAUUAUCGAGGUGCCAUGGGCAUUUUGCUCGUUUACGAUGUGACUGAUGAGUCAUCCUUUAACAACAUUAGGAACUGGAUUCGAAACAUUGAACAACAUGCUUCAGACAAUGUGAACAAGAUUCUUGUGGGCAACAAGGCUGAUAUGGAUGAGAGCAAAAGGGCAGUGCCGACUUCAAGGGGACAAGCACUUGCUGAUGAAUAUGGCAUCAAGUUCUUUGAGACAAGUGCAAAGACCAAUCUAAACGUGGAGCAGGUUUUCUUUUCAAUUGCAAGAGACAUCAAGCAAAGGCUUGCAGAAACUGAUACCAAACCUGAGGAUCGGACAAUCAAGAUCAACAAACCAGACCAGGCUGCCAGUGAUGGUAAAGCUCCAGAAAGAUCAGCAUGCUGCGGUUCCUCUUGAAGAAGAGAAAUGCAUAAAAGAGUGUCAGAAACUAAUUUGCUUGUUAUAGAUGUGAUGCUAUUCAUUCUUUACAGGCUUUAGUAUGUAAUGUAAUUUGGGAACCCAUAUUAUAUAGAUAAACUCCUCACUCGGACCCAUGCUAUUACCACUCAUUCCAGCACCCCCCGCCCAAAAAAUUAUUCCUACUUCUUGUAUAUGAGCGGACAAACAAAGACCACCUUAAAUAUUUCUCUGGCUUUCUCCA